UGAGAAACGUGCGUGAUAUAAGCGCAUCGAUCAGCAGUCAUGUUCUCCGCCUGCGUGUUUAUUAGAGGGCGGUGCCACAGGAAACGCACUAAAGGGUAAUAAAUAAGCGCGACGCUCCUGAAAGCCGAUUAGCAUCAAAAAGAAAAGAGGAGGGAAAAAAACCCAACAAAAUCAUAAAAUAUCUUUUUGUGUGUUGGAUCGGCGGCUGAAGCUCCACGAUGCGCGCGCACAUUACGCGUCUUGUCCUUCUCGCAUCUUUCUGGACCACGUUCACCGGUGCAGAUUGGUGCUAUCAGUCUCAGGUGACCUGUGAACCAGUCUGCAACGUAUCGGAUACUUGGUAUAAGUUGAAUGAAGACUGCAAGAAAAACAGACAGUCACCCAUUAACAUAGUGACCAGGAAAACCAAGCUGGACCCCAAUCUCACAACGUUCGUAUUCCGAGGCUACCAAGAAGCCUUCGACAGCCUCCUGGAAAACAACGGACACUCUGUGAAGGUAUCUGUGCCAGUGACUCACCUGGCCAAUGUGAGCGGAGGGAACCUCGGAGCCACCUACAAAGCCGUGCAGUUUCACUUACACUGGGGAGAAAAUGGUGGCCCUGGGUCUGAACACACAAUCGAUGGAGAGCAGUACCCCAUGGAGCUUCAUAUUGUUCAUAUGAGGGAGGAUUUUAAAACAUUGGAUGCAGCUCUGAAGGACCCAACUGGAGUGGCAGUGCUGGGAUACUUUUAUGAGGAAUCAAAGAGCGAAAACAAAAAGUAUAAAGGACUCAUACAAGCUCUGAAAAAAGUGGUACCUUAUAAAACAAAUACAUCACUUACUGGUAUCUCCCUGAGCAACCUCAUAACCAGUGAGGAGAGCAUGACCAAGUAUUAUCGUUAUGACGGCUCUCUGACCACCCCUCCCUGCUCUGAGGCAGUGGUCUGGACUGUGUUUGAAAUCCCCAUCCCACUGAGCAAAGAGCAGCUCUCAGCAUUCUCCUUCUUAAAAUAUCCGAAUGGUAAGCCCAUGACAAAUAACUUCAGACCAGUGCAGCCACAAAAGAACCGUACAGUGUACCGCUCCGGCAGCGCUGUGGUCAUGUUCAGCUUUACCCUCCUCCUGGUGUGUGUGUGUUCAGCUCUGGACCUUUCUCAGCUCUACUAGAGGACGAGCCGAGCUGCAAACUAGCAGCAACAAGCGCAGAAUCAAUAAAGCCAAACGGAAUGACAGGCACUUCUGUACAUCACAGUGAAUGCACUUUUGUUUUGGCCUCCGUCUUAGAGGUGAGACUUCAUUUCCAUGUAGGUGAGUGACAUGCUGAUAUUUUGGAUGGCUGAUCUGGAAAACAGGAGUGUGUUCCUUUGCUAUCAAUAGAAACCCAGUUAAGUCCUCUGGAGAGAGAUAGGGAGGUUAUAAAUGCCUGGCCUUUAUCUAUCUGAGGCACGGCCAAACUGGAGCCUCAUGCACGCACACACACACACACACACACACACACACACACACACACACACACACACACACACACACGCACACACGAGCAGUAAGAAUGUGGCCAUUCAUCUGUCAAAGUAGUGUAACUUGUAUUAUUCAUAGGUUAAAACUGUACACACACACAUCUCUCUAGGACGUUAGUGUCAUUUCUGAACAGAGCACCUUUGUGAAUUACACAUCACAGGUCAAAUCUGAGGUCAUUCUUUACAUCCCCUCUCCUCUGAGCUUAAAUUUCAGCACUGACACUAUUACAGUCACGUACACACAGUAUAAAUAGAAAUAAAGGAGCGAUCAUUUAAUGCGCACUGUUGCUUAUUUUAAACUGUAUAUAUACGUACCAUUCUUUGUUUGUGCAAGACUUCCAUCUCAUUUAUCUGUCUUAACUAGUUGAAGCAGGAAGGCAGGGUUUCAGACACACAAAACAAACCUGUUUCCUUUUGUACUCGUGUUCGAAAAUUCAUUGUAUUUCCUGAUGUGCUGAAAUUUUUACAAGCAACGUUUGGAUCCCUGUGGGUUUAUUUUUUUAAUCACAGUAAAUAAAUCUCAUGAAUCUUUAAAAUCAUGCUAUGUUUUUACAGUUGACUUUACAGUUUAUUAAGCUCUGAUGAGCUCAGUAACCUGAAUUAACCGAUAAACCUGGAUUAACAGCAAGCCCUAGCUAUCAAACGUAAUGUUCAACGAGUGAGUUAGCCGAAUGAAUAUCAGGCUAUUUGAUAUAGUACUAGUUUAUAUCAACAUUAUUAACAAUAUUAACAUUGAUUCAAAUUAGGUAAUGUUACUAACAAACAUUUAGGUACUGACUCAAUCCUGAGUUUUUACUGAAGUAGCCAUAAUUCAAAUCUUCCAUACAGUCGCUCAUGAGGCGUUUGAAAUUGCAAGCUGGAGAGGUUCUAUUUAGUGGAUGUAAAUCAUCAGCAGUUUUUUUUUUUCUUUUUUUCUUCAGCAUAUAAAUAACUUUCAGCGCUAUCAGAAAUCCCACGCUAUCAGAAAUCCCACACUGUGGCGGUGUUAGCUUCUUAUAUGAAAGCAGAUCAGCUAAAAAUAACCAAACGUGGUGGAAGUCUUACACAAAAUUUCACACACCGAUUCAGCUUGUGUCUGGAAUCUUACAGUAUAUUGAUCGUACAGAGAGAAACUGAAAACUUGAACAGUAAUUCUGUUGAAAUAUAUUUAGAUUCAUAUAUAUAUAUAUAUAUAUAGAAUAGAAUAAUAUAAAUGCAAAAAUCUUGUCGUCUCUCAUAGGCCUUCGUACUUCUCAACGUCUUGGUAAAAUCGACAUAAUUUAAUAUAAUUUCUAACCGUUUAACCUUUAAUAUUGAAGCAGUUUUGCUACUAAACCCUAAAACUUCCUCAGACAUACUACUACAAUACAUUUUUACAACACAUAUUUAAUUGUCUCUCUACCAGAGUGAAGUGGCUGAUUUAUUUAGGUGACUGUUUUUUUUUUUCACCUACAUGACCACACUGGAUGGGAUGGGAUGGGAUCACAUGUCCACAUGACUUCAUGUUCAUGGCCAGGUUUCUGUAGGUCUCAGAGGCCCUGAUUAUGACUGUACUGUGAAUCUUGGUAUAGAAGACCAAAGCAGGAAUAUAAUAGACGCACAUCAUUUUUUGAAAAAAACCUCUAUUGUGUCAUGUGUACACCUUUAAUGUUUUUAUUUUGGUGUAUGUUCCUAUGUAGAGCACUGUUCUAAUCAGUGAUGGUAUUUAUACUAAUUUCUGCAUUUUGAAUGAGGUUCACUAUAAUCAUAUUAAAUUGUUGUUUUUGUUAUUUAGCUCAUGCCAGAUAUUGAAUGAUAUUUUCUGUAAACAUGUAUUUAAAUAUAAAGUGUGAUAAUUAUGUCAGAUAAAAAAAAAAAGAUUGCACUUGUGUUCCCGAUUCGAUAACGAACUACUGAAUGAAACUGCAUGACCUUUUUCUAUAUAAUGAUUAUAUUAAUAGGUAAAUGGAUUGCCUGGAAUAAAAGAAUAAACAACAAAUGAAUAUAACUAUUUUUGACAUGUAAAGAAUUCAUGUGAUUACUGAUGUUGCAUGAUGCAGCUGAUUUCUAAGUUUAAAUAAACAAUAUUAACUUUUUUGAAGAUUCA